AUGUCAGGAGUGAUCACAAAGUUUGCGGUUACAUCCAUGGUGAUGUGGAUGGCCCCGGUUGCGAUCGUGUAUGGGUUCUACUACCAGGUGUUUCCAGGUUCUGCUUCUGUUAACCUGUUUUCAUUGCUGCAUGGUGUUGGUGUGAGUCAGAUGUCAUCCUCGGCACAGACACUCGCUAGCGGGUUCCUGGCUGUCAUAUCAGUUAAUCUGGUGAUCGGCUUUUACAUAUUCAUGGCGAUGAAGGAGACUCCAGACCAAGAGCCACAGCCAGAUCCCACCUUCCUGGCGAACGCCAAAGCGAGUAUCAACGAGCCAACAUCCUCUCAAUUAUGGUUAUGGAGCAAUAUGAAGUUGAACUUUUUGUACCUAUUCAAUUUGGAAACUGUGUUCGAUGUUAUUUUAGUUACAAUGCUCAUUGAAACUACCGUUGGUUGUAUUUAG